CAUGGCAAAAUAUCAUGGACAAAACGAUUCGUGAUACUCAGAGCGAUUGGACAAAUGGUUUAGAAAAAUAUCCAAUAAAUUGCAGAAAGAGUGGAAAGUUUAUAACACGAGACAUAAAGUUUCAGUAUGUAAAGCACAACCUUCCAGGUCCAGGCACACAGAAGGAGAAAUUUAACUCCCUUUUUGAAGGUUGCCCUUGCAAGGAAUGUUUGAAUGAUUGCCCCUGUAUCCAACGUUUUGGUAGAAAUUAUUCAGAAGAUGGAAAACUCUAUAGUAAAUAUCUUCAUGGAAAAGAACAGAAGUUGAUUGUCGAGUGCAACAGCAAUUGCAGUUGUUCAAAAAACUGUGUGAAUAAAAAGGUUCAACAUGGAGUACAGAUAAAGCUUGAGCUUUUCUGCUCUGCAGACAAAGGUGUAGGUGUCAAAACUCUUGAGGAUCUAAGUCCUGGGAUGUUUGUAUGUGAAUAUGCAGGGGAAGUUUUGACUUAUGAGGAAGCCAAGAAUCGCAGCUUAGCUCAGCAGAAAGAAGACAUGAAUUACAUUAUAACUGUCAAUGAACACUGCAAAAGUGGGGUGAUAAAAACUCAUGUGGACCCUAGAUACUUUGGUAAUGUUGGCAGAUUUCUGAAUCACAGUUGUGAUCCUAAUUUGACAAUGAUUCCCAUUAGAGUUAAUAAUGAAGUCCCCCUGUUAUGUUUGUUUGCCAACAGAAAGAUAAACACUGGAGAAGAGCUGACAUUUCACUAUGGACAUUCAAGUGAAAUAAAUACGAAAAAUGAUUCACUAUUAGAAGAAGAAGACACAAAUUUAAUACCUUGUUUAUGUAAUGCACAAGGAUGUUCUGGUUAUCUGCCCUUUGAUAGGAGUCUAUUCAAUGACCAAUAAUUUAAAAGGAAAAA